ACACACAGUCCACUCCCCGCUCCUACCCCGCCCGGUGGGCCGGCGCUGGGGCUGAAUGCUCGGAGCGCCGGGCUGGGCUGGGCUGGGCUGGGCUGCGCUGAUCUGGGCCGAUCCGAUCAGAUCACUCAUGAAUGGGAGCGGGGGUCUGGAGGCUGGGACGCCGGCGUGAGAGAGAGUGAGCGUGUGAGAGAGGAAGAAAGAGUGAGGAAGUGUUGGUGUGUGUCGGCGCCGCCGCUGCUGCUGGAGCCGGAGCUGUAGCCGGACCCAGAGCCGGAGCUGUAGCCGGACCCAGAGCCGGAGCCGCAGCGCAGGUCGGUCCCGUCUCUGCCCCCGGGAGGAGGCCGGUCCGCGGCUGCCACACAGGGAUACAACGGGACGCUCCGAUCCGCUCCGACAACCAUGGCUGGAGGUUUAGCCACGGCUUCCACAGUCACCGCGCUCCUGUAUCUGCUGACUGCGGCCUCGGGCCAUUUGCAUCCAACCUCCCACCAGACUUCGAAGCUUUCUGCCUUCGAAAUUACAAUCCCACGACAGCUGAACGAGAGAGAGAAGCGAGAUGCUGGCCUGGGCCCCUCUUCACAGGGCAAGCUAUCGUAUGUAGUUCGGGUGAAGGGCCAUGACCAUGUCAUCCAUCUGACGAGAAAUGAAGAUUUCAUUGCGAAAGACUUCACCGUGUUUACUUACGGAGAUGAUGGGAAGCUCAUUACAUCUCGUCCAGACGUUCAGGACCACUGCCAUUUCCAAGGAUUCGUGGAAGGGAUGGAAAAUUCCAUGGUUGCUGUUAGCGCGUGUGAUGGGCUCAGAGGUCUGUUGCACAUGGACAACGCACAUUACGUCAUUGAACCCUUGGAGACGACCAGCAGCUUCCAGCACCUGGUGUAUCAGAUGCAGGAUCUAUUGGAGAAGCCUUUGACUUGUGGUGUGUCCAAUGAGACUGUCUCCAUGCCCCAGAAUGACCACAGUGGUGCUGAGCAGCAUUCACACGAUGGUCACACUAUGACCGGCUUCCUGCGUAACAAGCGAGCCAUACUGCCUCAGACUCGAUAUGUUGAGUUGUUUCUGGUUGGGGACAAGGAGAUGUUUGACAUAACCAGCAACGAGACGGCUGUGAGGGAGCAGAUGGUUCAAAUCGCCAACUACCUCGAUGGAAUGUACAAGUCUUUGAACAUUCGAAUCGUGCUGGUGGGUUUGGAGAUGUGGACCCACGGCAAUCAGAUCAGCAUCGAUGGGGGUGCGGGAGAAGUACUGGGCCAGUUCAUGCAGUGGAGAGAGAAGGACUUGCUUCCUCGGCGUAGACACGACAGCGGACAGUUAAUUCUGAAGAAAGGAUUCGGAGGGACCGCAGGAAUGGCCUUUGUCAACACCAUCUGUUCAAGGAGCUACAGUGGAGGAAUCAAUGUGUUUUCCGCCAACAUUCAGUACUUUGCAUCCAUCAUGGCUCAUGAGUUGGGUCACAACCUGGGGAUGACUCACGACAAUGGGCGCAACUGUAUAUGUGACACAAACUCCUGCAUCAUGAAUUCUGGAGCCACAGGCUCCAUGAACUUCAGCAGCUGCAGCGCGGAUGACUUUGAAGCCAUGAUCAUGAAAAAGGGGGGCUCGUGUCUGCUGAACAUCCCCAGGCCUGAGGAGGAAUACAGCCCGCCCUUCUGCGGCAACAAGUUGGUGGACACUGGAGAAGAAUGUGACUGCGGCACACCAGAGGAGUGUAGAAACGACCUGUGCUGUGAAGCGUCCACCUGCAAGUUCAAGUAUGGGGCGGAGUGCGCGACGGGAGUCUGCUGCAAGCGGUGCAGGUUCCUGGCUGCUGGAACGGUGUGUCGAGCCACCACGAAUGAAUGCGAUCUCCCCGAGUACUGCAACGGGACGAGCCACAACUGCCAGGCUGACGUGUUCAUCCAGAAUGGCCACCCCUGCCAACGCAACGUCUCCUACUGCUACAACGGAGCCUGUCAGAGCUACGAGAACCAGUGCAUGGCCUUGUUCGGCCGGAGUGCAAAAGCUGCUCCGCGCAAGUGUUUCCAGGAAGUGAACUCUAAAGGUGAUCGUUUCGGGAACUGUGGUACUCACGGAGCCGCCUACAAGAAGUGUGCCAUCAGGAACUCCAUGUGUGGGAAGCUGCAGUGUGAGAACGUGGACUCUGUGCUGGUCUUCGGCAUUCGCCCCUCCGUCAUCAACACGCCCAUUGACGGCACCAUCUGCUGGGGAGUGGACUUCAGGUUGGGCACGGACGUUCCCGACCCGGGCAUGGUCAGCCCUGGCACCCGGUGUGACGCGGGCAAGGUCUGCAAGGAUUUCACGUGCGUGGACGUCUCUGUCUUGGACUACGAUUGCGAUGUAGCGGUGAAAUGCAACGGCCACGGUGUGUGCAACAACAAUAAGAACUGCCACUGUGCGAAAGGCUGGGCGCCCCCCAACUGCGCCAAAACUGGGAACGGUGGAAGCACCGACAGUGGACCAACCUACGAUGAAAACGACACCUCGCUACGGGAUGGUUUGCUGAUUUUCUUCCUGUUGGUCGUGCCACUCAUUAUCCUGGCAGUAUACGUAUUUGUCAAUAGGAAUGAGCUGAAACGAAGAUUCCAUCGAAGACAAAGCUCGCAACGACACAAACCUGAAAGCUCGGCAGGGCCAGGCGGUGCUUCGAACAGUUCGGCUAAGGAAGGGGUCCAGUUCUUGCCAGACCAACAGCAGGUUGGUCCAACAAGAACAGCAGUGCCAACAUACAUAGCUAGACCAUCACAGCUUUCGCCAUCCAGGCCACCGCCCCCUCGACCCGCGCCUUCAAGACCGGUGUACCCGCCCCAGAGGGUAUAGAGUACUGUUAAACUUGCACUGUAUCUACCCUGUACAGAUAGUUCUAUGAUCAAUGCUCUGUAUACUCUCCUCCUGCCCUGCUUCCCGAGUGUCGACUGACUAUUCUACCUGAGCCAGAUAAAUCAGUGGUGUUUUUUUUAAAUUCCUGCACCGUACAUUCUUCGCUUCACAGCUCCUCGAACAAACUGCGUGUGCGGUUCCCAAUCACGGAAGGACGUUGCAACUGAAUACCUCCGACUCGGCUUUUCUUUGUCGCUCGCGAUCGUCUGAAGUGCGUGUGAUUUACGCUUUUACUCACUUACCAAGAAGCGCCCGAUGUCUCAGCAUUCAAAACACUCGCUCAUAGUCACCAGCCAUCACAUGCCUGAGUGCCCAGCAAUGCGUGGAACAGAACAGUCCAUUAUUACUGACGACUAAUUUAUUUUACGAGUCACGAAGAUUGCAACGCGUGAUAGCUAUCAGCUGGACGACACGCUCUUAUUCCGACUCCAGACAUCCAGCUUCUACAAUGCCCUUCCACUAUCACUCUCCAUCUUCUGUUCGUGGCAGUAAUCUUCCUGAUCUGUAUGCAAAGAAAGAACCUCACUGCACCUUGGUACACGUGAUCAUAUAGAACCAUUGAAGUGUUGGGCGCACAAUGUUGUGGCGGCCUCUGGUGCGAGACUCUCCCACCAGUGGAAACAUCCCCUCCACACCCACUCUAUGCAGGCCUUGCACUAUUCGGUAAGAUGCUGGAAUCUUGAACAAAAUGCAGAGUGCUGGAGGAACUCAGCGGGACAGGCAGCAUCUGUGGAGGGAAGUGGACAGACGCCAUUUGGGGUCAUCAGACUGGGUUAAAAGUUAAUCCCUCGUUACACAGUGGUGGCUAGCUGUAAAAUGAACCUAGUUGUGCAAAUGAAUUCUGCACAUGAAUUUGGCACCUCAUUUGCAGCGAUGUGGAGCAUUUCAUUUUACUAGCAUUUUCUCUCAAUUACUUUAAGUUUCAUACUGUGUGGAGAGGCCAAUUCUGGGCCAGAUGUGCUGAGGGUUCUUUAUAACCCCUUGCACUUUGUGUCACAAACCACAUGCUAUUUGCUUCCACCAAAAAUGCGCGUUGCCGAGUUCAGAUGAGUGUGAUAUUUGCAAAAGUCAUGUCCAUGCCAAUGGACAAAUUCCACCUCCAAUACAUUAUGUCCACAACGCGAUGACCAAGGGUUUGUACUCAAUUGAUCGGUAAUUCGGAGAGGGGUCCACUACCGAUUUUCCGGCAACUGGCGGUCCGGCGCUUCCUUUGAUCCGUACAAAAUUCCGAGAGCGCACUUGAAAUCCCCCCCCCCCCCUCCGCAGAAGUCCCCCCAAAAGUGGGGUGCUUAGGCUGGGUGAGGCGGCCGACCUCUACCUCAUCGGCACUUCCGCACAUAUCACCAGGCCGAAUUUGCCCCCUUGCGACCGGGGCUCUGGAACUCUAACCCGGCCAGAGCCAGCGGAUCUGUUCCCAUAACCGACAUUGGGAGUCGGUAUCUCGCCACCCCCUCCCCCCCCCCCGGCGGCAAGUUCCGGUAUCCGUGGACUCCUCUCAGAGGCCGUGACCUCUGUUGUUCCAGCAAAAACAGUUAAUCCAGAAAGGCUCUGGAACCUUGGCAAUUUCAAUGCCGUCAAUUUCAAUGCCUUGUCAAUUUCUAUGCCUUGUCAAUUUCAGUGGAAAAUCAGUGGUGGACCUGUACUGACACAGACACGUGCUGUAAAGCCAAAUAGUCUGAAUCUACAACAAGGAAAUAAAUGACACUGUGAUUUGGGAUUUGGUUAUACCCAGUGUUAUUGCUUGAACCCCAUUGAACUAUGUUUAGUCAAUAUUAUUACAGCCCAGAUCCAUGUAAAAAAAACUUACGCUGUGACUAUUUCUUAAUUAAAAAAUGAAUUGAUCAUCUGCUGUUCAAAAAAUGAUA